AUGAAGGCCACGUUUGCUCGUAUGCAGAAGGUUUAUCGGAAGUCCGCUGUUGUGGAGCAACCGAAGGUGCCAGUGCCAGUGCCGACGGGACCGAGAGACAAGCGGAGCUUUUUCUGGGCUCCUUCGCACGAUAUCGAGAUCUAUCCGUUGGUGCUCUGUGUAGCUAUUGGCAUGACGAUUGCUGUUUUUAGCGGUGUUCGCCACUUGACGCUCAAUCCCGAUAUCAAUUUGAGCCGUGACCGACGUGAGACACCAGCAUGGGAGCGCUAUAAGCCGGAGGAGGGAAAGAAGUUCUCGCGGAACCGCCACCAUUUUGCCAACCUCAAGCCAAACCCCGUUAACCAGUUUCCAGAGGCUGCAACACUCCAGGAAAAGACCGAUGAGCCUUUUUCGGAGCAUCUAUGA